AUGUCUUCUUCAUCGAACACAUCAGUGUUUGCGCCACCAGACAGGAUGCAGGCACUGGGCAAUCAAAUCGGCUACAAGGUCCGCAACAUCUCGCAUCAUGGCCAGCCUACCAUCGUGAUCGAUCUCAACGACAGCAAUGGCCACUGCCACAAGUUCAUCACCAGCUAUUCUUCCAUGGAUACAAUCGAGGGAACAGUCACCAUCACUGCACCGCACGACACUCGUUUUGAGGACAUCGACAUCGCAUUCACUGGUACAAGCCAGGUAUAUGUGGAUAGGAUGACGACUACGCCAACAAUGACAGGACGAACAGAGGCAAAGCACCGGUUUUUGACUCUUAGACAGCCAAUAGACCAAUCAAACUUCCCCUCCCCAAGAAUUUUUGAAGCUGGAAGACCCUACAAGUUUCCCUUCACAUUUACCAUCCCUUCGCAACUACUUCCAAAAGCCUGCUCCCAUCCAGUAGUCUCGGAUCACAUACGCGACGUACAUCUCUCACUACCACCCAGCAUUGGCGAUCCCGACCUUGCUGGUUUUGGCAGUACACUGCUUGAUGACCUUGCGCCGGAAAUGUCAAAGAUCACCUACGGAAUUCAAGUCAAAAUCGCGCACACUCGCGGAUCAGAAGGCAUCUCGGUGCUUGCUGAUAAGCUGAAGAAAGUGCGCGUGAAGCCAGCCUUUGCAGAGCAGCCCCCACUGAACAUUGAUCACAACGACGAGUACCGAUCGCGACAGGAAAAGACAGUCAAGAAGGGUUUGUUCAAAGGAAAGCUCGGGACAUUAUCUGCGAAGACUAUCCAGCCGCCACCUCUUGUCAUUCCGGGCGCAAGAUCAACAGAGGGCAGAACGAUCACGACCAUGGCCAAGUUAGUUCUCCGUUUUGAUCCCACAGAGGAGACCAGCGCACCACCGAAACUCGGUUCAUUGGGGACAAAGUUGAAGGUCGUGACCUACUACGCCUCAGCUCCUAGGCAGAAUCUACCAACACGGUCUACGCUCGGGUUCGAUCUGUCGCAAGGCCUAUACUCCGAGUACGUGCCGCUGUCCAACCUUUGCAUCGCCUCCGCCCAGUGGGAAAAGCACGAUGCGGCACAAAACCCUAGUCCAGAAAGCCUGGUUCGACGCGACUCCGGCAUUAGCGAUUGCUCAACUCUGAGCGAAGCGGAGAAGGCCUUCGCGAUUGGCAUCCUACCUGCAUCCAAGGAUUACAAGCAAGGUGCCUUCUACACAGCGCAGAUCUUGGUGCCAAUCACCCUUCCUAUGACACAAAACUUCAUACCGACAUUCCAUUCCUGCCUCAUCUCACGAACAUAUACCCUCGCGCUGCAGUUCUCUGCCCAUGGAAGCUCCAGUAUACAUCUGAAGGUCCCGAUCCAGAUCUGCGCCGAAGGCAGUGAUACUGGUAUUGAGAAUGCUAGGGCGAGGAGUGUCGAGGAGACGGCAUUCAGAGCUGCCUCUGAUGUCUUUUCUCCACGCAGUGUUGCGCCUCCAAGCACAGAGACGGCUCGCAGCGCCAGUGUUGGCACACGGGAAGAGAUGCCACCCGGCUAUUCGGCUUUCGCGCCGCCCAGCACGAGGUACAGCGUGAGCCAUUCUAUUGUGACCUGA